GUUUUGAAUCCAGAAGUAGCGUUCUAGUGACCAUCGGGUAUCAAAACAGUUCCAAGUUCCAACCCAAGUUCUUUAUCCAUAACAAAAGCCAGCCUCAUGAAAAAGAAAAUCCACUAGAUUUUCUGGUUGUAGAAUCUUUCAGAACCGCCGAGAAGAUCGCCGGUGCAGCUAACAAUCUCCGCUCCGUACAUCUCCUAUGGCUUCCCCUAUUAGGCGUGGGGGAUCAAGAAAAGAAAACAAUGAGUCAGAGCACUUAAAUUCCCAGCAAGCCAUUCUUGAUGUGGCACCUCUCAACAGUGUUCCAUACAUUGGUCCGCCUACUCCUCAUAGCUAUACUGCAUCAUCUUCAACCAAAAGGUCUGGUGAGACCGUGGAAAAAGUUGGGUCAGCUCUAAUAUUUCUGCCUUCACUUUCCACUCAGGAAGGGUGGAAUAAUGUUGUUGCUGCCACAAGAGUUAGGGUUGAAUUGACUGGGAGUGCAGCUAUGGGAAAGAUUGGACCAGCAAUAGGACUAAUGGACAUUGGUGAAUCCAAAGAUUCUUACUGUUUUCGUGUCUCAUUGCCAGGGGUAGCAAGAAAUGAGAGUGAGUUUCAAUCAUCCCGUGAAGAUGAUUUCAAUUGUGACGUGGAACCUAGUGGAAAAAUAGUAAUAAAGGGAGUAACAACGACUGGUGAAACAAUAGUGUGCAAGAACUCUCAAAUCUUUCAGAUGCAGACACAAAAUUUGUGCCCACCAGGGCACUUCUCUAUCUCAUUCCAGCUGCCAGGUCCAGUUGAUCACCAACAAUGUUCUGGUUCCUUCGGGAUUGAUGGGCUUUUGGAAGGAAUUGUGAAAAAGAGGUGACUAACAAGUCCUACUCUUUUAGUCGAGAGCUUAAGAAGGACAAGAGGAGCUUUAAAAAGAACGUGAUUCCAAGUGAUGUUUGCCUGUGAUUUUGCAGAUAUAUGACCCUAGAUAGAGCCAUGCACAGAAAAAUGAAUUGUGCUGUUUGCCCCAAAUAUACAGAUUUCCUAGUUUUUGUUGAGUUGAGUGUCUUCCAUGAUAAUGUAGAAUCAUGUGUUACUCUCAGGAUAUGCUCAGAUCUCUAUUUUUGGACAUUAUUAAGAAAUCUUUCUUUGUAUGUGAGAAACAUAUUCACUUCCUAAAGCUGAGGUAUGGCGUGCUUUCAGAAAUUUUCUGCA